UGUUUGUCCAUAUUUGGUAUUUUGCUUCUCAUAAGUGCUUUAAUCGGAUUUAUUCUUCCGGACACUAAUCACCACAAAGUAUCAAAUUCUUGGCAUCAAAACCAUAUAACUCUCGCCAAUCAUUCGCAUUGGAAAGAUGUACCCGAAUAUCAAACCCCAAAAAAAAUACAUAAAAACGGAAUCCUUAAGAAUAACGGUCCACAACAACAGUCUCCCAUUUUAAGAAAACAAGAACUGAUGCGACAAAAGGAUUAUGAAUCCAAUGAUAGGAUCACUGAAUUGAAUGACUCUCCAAACAAGAUCUGCACCAUUAGAGUCACUGUUCUU